GGUCUCAGCAAUCAUUUCGCUAUCGAGUCUACAUUUGUAAUUGUGAUAAUUGUUCCUGCAAAUAAAAAAUGAAGUUUCUGGUGGCUUUGGUAUUUGCUGUUGCUGUUAGCUCUGCACAGGCACAAAACACAAAACAGCAGGAAAAGCUGAAGCAGCACCACGUUGAAUGCGCCAAACAAGUUCCCGUCGACAAGGAGCUCGUAGAAAAAGCUGGAAAAGGUGACUUUGUUGACAACGCCACACUGAAAGAGUACUUCACCUGUAUCGCCAAAAGGUCUGGUUUCCUCAACGAAGCUGGAGAAAUCCAAAAGGAAGUCCUUCUGAAAGAGACAGCAGCUGCUGCCGGAGACGAAAUUGCCAAGAAGUUAGUUGACGCAUGCGCAGUGCCAGCCGGGCCUGAUACCACGUUCAAUGUCGCCAAAUGUUACUGGGAAAAGUCUGCGCCCAACCCUGUCAGAUUGAUUUACAAGAUAUGGACCAGUGGUAGGGCGAAAAUUGAAGUCGGCGGUAGUUUUUGUAUAUAUAGAGUAUCAACCAUGAACUUGGCUUACACUUCAUUAACUGUCCACUUCUGUGAGUUUAGUAUUUCCCUCAACAAAAAAAAAAACAUGAAGGUUAUUACAGCAGUUCUCAUUGUCGUAGCUAUUGGCAUUGCAGAGGCUCAGAAUCCUCAACAAGAAGCAAAUCUGAAGCAAGUCCGGGUGGAAUGCGCAGAUGAAACCGAUUUCUCCUUAGACUUGUUCACCAAAGCCAUACAAGGCGAUUUUGACGAUGACGAUGAUGAUGAUGAGGAAGCACUGAAAUCCAUGCUAUUCUGUAUUGCUAAAUUGACUGGCCUCAUCAACAAAUCCGGGGAACUGCAGAAGGAAGUCUUCCUGGAAAAAACUGUGAAUGAAAUUGGACAGGCUGAGGCUGAGAGGUUGUUCAGCCUGUGUGGAGUGCAGCAAAGCAAUCCACGCGAAACCGCAUUCCAUGCUUUGAAAUGUUACACGUUGUAUUUUAAUAACCGUAAAACUACUCUCUUUUAGGUUGUCUUCUCAUUGAAAAUGCCAUUAAAUUAAUUAGCAGACUUU